AUGGACUCGGACACCCUUCAAGAGAUCUUUGUUGGCGCCUUCCACUCUGGCGAUACAGACACAUUGCGACACAUGAUUGAGAAGCGUCUCGAUGACAUCAGUGUCACUCGUCCACUAUGGCAAACGAUUGCCAAGAUUGGUGAUCCUGGACUGUUUGAGUCGAUGGUGGCACUACAUCGCACGACAAAAGAGGGCCGCACUCGCGAGCUGUCAUUGCUGACGCUGGCCACACGUUUGUCGGUGGACGCAUCGAUCUGGGGCCAACUAGAGUUGCUGGUGUACUUGAUACAGACUCACAAGGUGGAUAUGGAUCAACAACAGGUCGAGUACUUGGUGUCAUCGGCAACAUUCAACGGCAACAGUGACAUUGUACAAUAUUUGAUGGAUAACUACAAGGUGUCAAAGAAGACGCAGGCAUCAUUGAUGAAGCAUGCCAUCAAUUACAAACACUUUGACCUCGUACGACUCUAUCAUCAGCACUACUCGAUACCCAUUGACAAGAAGUUGAUCAAGACCACUGGCAACUGUACUGUCGAGUCCUUCAAGAAGCCCAAUAAAAAGAAGAUGACUUAA